AUGGUGUUCUCCCUCAGGCAACUUCAGGAAAAAUGCAGGGAGCAGCGGCAACCACUCUUUAUUGCCUUCAUAGAUCUCACGAAGGCCUUUGACUUGGUCAGCAGAGAUGGCCUGUUCAAGAUCCUGCCAAAGAUCGGUUGCCCACCAAGGCUCCUCAGCAUCAUCAGAUCAUUCCAUGAUGACAUGAAGGGGACAGUGGUCUUCGACGGCUCAACAUCGGACGCUUUCAUCAUCAGAAGCGGAGUGAAACAGGGCUGUGUACUUGCUCCAACCCUGUUCGGGAUCUUCUUUGCAGUCAUGUUAAAACACGCCUUUGGACCCACAACGGAAGGCAUUUACCUCCGGACCAGAUCGGAUAGAAAGCUCUUCAACCUCUCCAGACUCAGAGCAAAAUCCAAGGUUCAGCGAAAAUGUGUGCGCGACUUCCUCUUCGCAGAUGAUGCAGCAGUUACAGCCCACUCAGCUGAAGGCCUCCAGCAACAGACAGUGGUCUUCGACGGCUCAACAUCGGACGCUUUCAUCAUCUCUUUGCAGUCAUGUUUCUUCGCAGAUGAUGCAGCAGUUACAGCCCACUCAGCUGAAGGCCUCCAGCAACUCAUGAUUCGUUUCAAUGAAGCUUGCGAUGAUUUCGGACUCACCAUCAGUCUGAAGAAGACACAGGUCAUGGGUCAAGACGUUGAUCAGCCACCCGACAUCAGAAUCGCUGAUCACCGGCUUGAUGUUGUCCAUGAUUUUGUGUACCUGGGUUCCACCAUCUCAGACUCUCUCUCUCUCGAUGCGGAGCUGAACAGACGGAUCGGUAAGGCAGCUACCACCAUGUCCCGACUUACCAAGAUAGUGUGGUCAAACAACAAGUUGUCCGAACACACAAAGAUCCAGGUCUACAGAGCCUGCAUCGUAAGCACACUCCUGUACGGCAGCGAGUCGUGGACCCUUCGAGCUCGCCAAGAACGAAAACUCAACUCGCUCCACAUGCGCUGCCUGCGACGCAUCCUGAACAUUACCUGGCAGGAUAAAAUCACAAACAACACUGUCCUGGAGAGAGCUGGGAUGACCAGCAUGUUCACUUUGCUCAAGCAGAGACGCAUGCGCUGGCUUGGCCAUGUUGUCCGCAUGGACGAUGGUCGGAUCCCCAAAGACCUCCUUUAUGGAGAGCUGACGGAGGGGACACGCCCAACUGGCAGGCCAAAACUGCGAUACAAGGACGUAUGCAAGAGGGACCUGAAAGCCCUACACAUCAACACCGACUCAUGGGAAGCAACAGCCUCAGAGCGAUCCGCCUGGCGGCAAGCAAUUCAACAAGGCCUCCAUGUGUUUGAGGAGACACUCGCCCAGCAGUCUGAGGCAAAGAGACAAAGAAGAAAGGCCCAAAACCCGGCAGACCAACCAGCCUCUAUCUUCACCUGUGAUCAGUGUGGGAGGGAUUGCCACUCUCGUAUUGGCCUGUCCAGCCACACCCGACGCUGUACCUGA